UCUUCUCCCUGUCUCUCUUUCCCUCGCUCCGCACAGAAGGCAUCUCCCACGUCCGCUCGCACGCGCACACUCUGGGCACUCGUGAUGAGAGCAGCAGAGGUGCGCUGGCGCCGGCUCUGAGCACCUGCGGGAGGCGUCCGGUGGGCACCUGCGGCGCGGGCGCGCCCGCUGAUCAGGGAGGAGCGAGUUCGCCGUUCAGCGAGCAGUUUUGGUUUCCUCUAAGAAGAGCCUCACGACGGGAACACAACAGUGAAGCUCUGUCCUGCAACUGUGCUCCUCGCACACAGCCUCCAGUCAUAGCCGGAGCGACAAGAAUGGGUAAAUCGGAAAGCCAAAUGGACAUUGUGGAGAAAUCAACCAAGCCAGGUAAGCGGCGAUGGAGCGUGACGGAGAUCGGAUUGUCCGUCCUCCUGCUGCUGGUGAGCUGCGCUUUGGCCGGACUCAUCGUGCUUUAUGCAUCGGCUCUGAAGGAGCGAUCCAGCAGAACCGGAACCCCAAGGAAUGCCGGAGCGAUUGAAGAGCCCCUGUAUCGGCCCAACAGCAACGCUGUGUGCACUACACCUGGGUGUGUCACUGCGGCUGCACGGCUGAUCCAGAACAUGGACUCAAUGGUUGAGCCGUGCCAGAACUUUUACCAGUACGCCUGUGGAGGCUGGCUGGACCGGCACGUGAUCCCAGAGACCAGCUCCCGCUACAGUGUCUUUGACAUACUGAGAGAUGAGCUGGAGAUUAUCCUGAAGGGAGUUCUGGAGACCAAGAAUGAGCAGGAUAGGGAGGCCUUCUGCAAAGCGAAGACCCUGUACAACUCCUGUAUGAAUGAGAGUCUGAUUGAGCAACGUGACUCUCAGCCCCUGAUCGAGCUCAUCGACACCGUUGGAGGUUGGCCCGUGGCAUCGGAAGACUGGAACGGCACUGCUGCAGGGAAGGAGUGGAGCAUGGAGGAUGCGCUGGCCACUCUCACCUCACGUUUCCACAAGAAAGUACUGCUGGACAUUUUUGUCUGGACAGACGAUCGCGAUUCCAGCCACCACAUAAUCUACAUUGACCAGCCGGGGCUGGGAAUGCCUUCCAGGGACUAUUAUUUCAAUGAUGGGAACUACAAAAAGGUGCGGGAGGCAUACUUGCAGUUCAUGUUUUCCAUUGUGCUCAUGGCGCGUGAGGACCGGAAUCUAACUAGGGACGAAGACCGCGUCUGGGAAGAAGUGAUGCAAGUGAUGCAGCUGGAAACUGACAUCGCCAAUGCCACAUCUCCUGCUGAAGAGCGCCAGGACGUCACUCUGCUCUACAACAAGAUGACCCUGAGUGAAGUACAGGAAGCCUUCUUCCUAAAUGGGUUCAACUGGACGCAGUUUGUGAGAGGUGUGCUGUCCAGCGUGGCCAUUGACCUCCACCCGCAAGAAGAAGUUGUUGUAUACGGCGCCCCCUACCUGCAGAGGCUGGGUGAUGUGCUCGCCAAGUACAACACCAGGACCCUGCAGAACUACGUGACCUGGCACCUGAUUAUUGACCGAGUCAGCAGUCUCAGCCGUCGCUUCAAAGAGGCCAGGGCUCAUUACAGGAAGGCACUGUAUGGGACAACCGUGGAGGAGGCCCGUUGGCGGGACUGUGUUCGUUAUGUGCAGAGCAGCAUGGAGAAUGCGGUGGGAGCUCUCUAUGUCAGGGAAACCUUUGCUGGAGAGAGCAAGCGCAUGGUGAGCAAUCUCAUUAGUAAGAUCCAAGAGGCCUAUGUAGAGACUCUCGAGGAACUGAGCUGGAUGGAUGCCCAGUCUAAGGAGAAGGCCAAGGAGAAGGUUAUGGCCAUAAGGGAGCAGAUUGGCUACCCUGACCACAUCCUGGAGGAGACCAACCUGAAACUGGACCAGGAGUACGCACACCUGAACUUUAGUGAGGAGUACUACUUCGAGAACAUUCUGCAGAACCUGCAUGCGGGGGCCCAGAAGAGUUUGCGGAAGCUACGGGAGCGAGUCGACCCCGACCUGUGGAUUAUUGGAGCUGCUGUCGUCAAUGCUUUCUACUCUCCCAACAGGAACCAGAUAGUCUUCCCUGCUGGUAUCCUGCAGCCUCCUUUCUUCAGCAAACAUCAGCCCCAGGCUCUGAACUUUGGGGGCAUUGGGAUGGUGAUCGGGCACGAGAUCACCCAUGGCUUUGAUGAUAACGGGAGGAAUUUUGACAAAGACGGGAAUAUGUACAACUGGUGGAGCACCUAUUCUGCUGAGCACUUCAAAGACCAAUCACAGUGCAUGGUCCACCAGUACGGCAACUUCACCUGGAAGCUGGCAGGAGAACAGAAUGUUAGCGGCAUCAGCACUUUAGGGGAAAACAUUGCAGAUAACGGAGGAGUUCGGCAAGCGUACAAGGCAUACCUAAAGUGGGUGGAGCGAGAGGGGGAGGAGCCUCAUCUACCUGGACUGGACCUGAACCACAAACAGCUUUUCUUCCUCAACUUUGCCCAGGUGUGGUGUGGCUCAUAUCGACCUGAAUAUGCUAGCCAGUCCAUCAAGACAGACUCGCAUAGCCCCCUGGAGUACAGAGUUAUGGGCUCUCUACAAAACUUUGAGGAAUUUUCAAAGGCGUUCCACUGCAAGAAAGGUACCCCAAUGAACCCCAAGGUGAAAUGUCGGGUAUGGUAGCCGAGAGAGGGGGGGCACACCUACCUACACUGAGGUUAUAUCCUGAUUGGAACUGGACUUGGCCCAUACCUUGUGUCUCAUCCACAGAACACAAAGAUAGCCGGCCCCAGUGCAUGCAGGGAAAGAAACAAAACAGAAAAUAAGCAAACAAAAACACAAAAAUUGCUUAAUGUCAGUUUCCAAUUCCUAUGGAAAAAACAAUUAUAGGCAUUGUUGCUCCUUCAUAAAAGUUUUUUGCUUGUUUUAAUAUGUUUGAGUACAUUUUGUAAUAUUCACACAAUCAACACUACAAAGGAUAAUUUACAAGUUGUUAACAGAGCAAUGGCUUUGAUUGUCUUUUGAUUGUAUUUUCAUGCCGAAAAAGCUAUGCUGGCAAAAAUAGAAAGAAAAAAAACCCUUUGCUUUACUUGAAACGGCCUUUAGAGUUUAGCUGAGAAAGAACUUCUGACUCUCAACGAUGUUUAUGCCAAUAAGUUAAUGAACAACGACAUGUUCAUGGCUUGCGAACCGAUCAAAUAAGAAAUGAAACCGCUUGACUUUUAUCAUACUGAACUACACCUCUGAAGGUCACAGCAUAUUUUAUUGGAUUUGUGUAAGAUUUUUUUAACUCACUGUUUGCUGGAAUUACGUGAGGCACUGCUAUUAAGUGAAGACAAAUGACUUUAAGACUGUUGAAAGCUAGCUUUAAUGUGUUUUAUGUACAGUUUACAUGAUAAAAUAUAGGAUGGCAUCAAAUGGUGUCACGAUAAAAAAAUGCCUUUUUAGAAGUAUGCCAAGAAACUAUAGUACUGUUAUAAAUGAAUAUAUAUUGUUACCAAUACAAAUAUUUAUGUCAGAUAAUAUAAUCUAUAAGUAAUAUAUUUACUCGUUUAGCGAAAAUGCUAUUUUUUUGGGUGUGGUUUGAAUUUUAUUGUUAAUAUACACCGAUCAGCCACAAAAUUAAAACCGCCUACCUAAUAUUUUGUAGGUCCCCCUUGUGCCGCCAAAACAGCUCUGACCCGUCAAGAGUUUUUAAAAUCAUGUGGAAAUAAUUCACCCUCUAACAAUGUAAUCCAUUUAUAAUUUUUUAUGUAAUAAAAACCAAUAAUGUAUUAAGUAGUAAUAGUAGUAGUAGUGUACUUUAUUGACCCCGGGGGGAAUUUGCACUGUUGCAGCAUCAAAGACAACAAAGUAACACAAUCAGAUACAAAUUUACAGUAGAUACAAAAUAUCAGAUACAAAUAUACAGUCGAUACAAAUAUAUACAGAAAUCCAAAUAUACCAGAGGACACCUUCAGAGGCGGCACAAGGGGGACCUACACAAUAUUGGGUAGGUGGUUUUAAUGUUCUGGCUGAUCGGUGCACAAUCACACUUAGGGGGAAAUUUUGUGACCUUUUAAUGCUAUUUCCCUAAUCAGUUUCUAUUUUUUUCUUCAUGACAAUUUACAAUAUCCUUCUGAAGAUUUACACCAUGGAGAAAAACAGUCUUAUUUAGCUUCUCUCUUUAAGCCACAUGUAUUACUGGUCAUAUAUGUAUUUGUAAAUUGAGAAGAUUAACUGUAAUGUCUAUUUGUAUACUUAAUAUGUAAACUCAGUUUGUGACUGAUUGCCAAGGGCUUUUUGACAUGGUAUUUCCAGAGGCCACUGUAUAAUCUAAUGUUGACAGGUAAAUCACGUUUGUUUUUGGUGAGGUUCAAUGGCUUUCUUGCACACAGGGAUUUUUGUGUAUUACUGUAUUUCAGCUGUUUGUGUGUCUAAGCUAUUAUGUAUUUCUGUUUCACUUUACCUCUGUCUCCCUACCCAGCUGGCAGUCAAACAUUGGUUUAACUUGUUUUUUCUUCCUGAUUUUUGGACAGAUCAUGAAUCAUUUUUAGACAAGUAAUAGAUAAAUACAGGGAAAUUAUGCAUAUAUCCAAGAAAGAAAAACCUCUGAUUGGGUUUGUAACCAUUAAUAUCACCUGUGAAUGCUGAGAGGAUUUAUUUGGUAGCAAAGCAAGGAUGUAUUAAUAAUCCUACAUAUGAGUAUAAACAUAUAUAUGAGUUUACAAGCUUGUUGCCAUUAGCACCUGAAAUUUUCUGAUUGGUGGAUGUGAUCUGCUCUGCAUUCUGUUAUUCUGGCUGUUUAUGACAACCCUGCAGCUGUCCUCCCUCAUUUUGAGAAGCGCUCCACUGCUCCAACACUUCUGUCCCACACACCCACCCUCCCACCCCCCCUCCCAUAUACAGCCCCACCUGUCAAUCUGCUAUCCAUACAUCCGCCUGUGCAUGAAUAAAUAAAACUGAAGCAGUCGCGCAACACAAAGGACUUAAGGGUUGAACUGUAAACGCACAAUGAUUGACAAGAACUGUAUCUUCACCCCCCCCCCCGCCCCAUUCAGAUAAUGCAGCCUUCAAGCCCCUUUUGUUUACAGCCAAAUUCACAAUGUUCACCGCCCAUUGUGUUGAUUUUGGAAGUGCUUAAAGUCAACAUCCACAGGUUGUGUUUGGAAAGGUGAGCUGGAUGGCCUCUUCACCUGCGCGUCAGGGUCUUGUGUGCCGUUGCUGGCAUAUGCGAGGCGUGGAUCCCAGGGGAACGGGGGGGGGGGGGGGGGGGGGGCUAGAUUGGGAGUGUAGCUGCGCCUCCUACGCAACACAGGCAGGAACAGUCUGCCCAGAUGACAGCAUAACAGAGCCUUUGCCACGGUAGGAAGGAAGCCUCCCGUUAAAAAUAACGGCGGCAGUUUGUAAAAAUACCACAGAAGCCACGUCCUGCGGCCCUUGUUUACUGAGCGCUGUCCCAGCUCUCGUUUGACACAUACCUGAACCUCCUUCCUCAGUUUGCUCCUCGCUCAUCUGGAUGAUAUCCGCUAUCUUCCAGAUCACCAGUCUGAUACACCUAGCUUCAGCACCCAUAAGGACUUCCAUAGGAAUUACCUUACAGUAUAUCGUUUGAACCAGUAACUACUCUGUCACUGAAAGUAGAGCUGACAUUCAUAAUGCACAAUCAAACUCCAUUUCUUUUUCCUUCGGCAUCCAGAUGAGUUUAUGAGGCAGUUUUAUGUUGUGCUAUCUGCAACGAGCAUUUCAGACCUGCUCCCGGCCUGCAUGGUGGCUGCCCAUAGGUGCACUGAGGGAUUCACUUCUUUCACAGGUAGAAAAUCAGUCACAUUUCAUAUAAUGAGAGGAAGAUGCAGUGCUGCAAGCCCUUAUAGAUGGCUAGUCAAUAAGCCCUUUGAUCCUUUGAAAAAAGAUAGAAAGAAAUACAACUCCGUAAUUAUUUUUGAGGAAAACAAAUUUAACCCCGGUUUCUUAACAGAAGCACCAAUUUGACAGAUGCAUGGAACCAAAAAGUGUUCCUGCACAAUUAGGAAACGCAAGCACACGAGGAAGAAAAAAGAAGUAACACUGGGCACUUUGAUCCUGGUACCCCAUUAAUAAUGGUAAACACCUAAGGGCAGGACUGCGUCUGAAAGGACAGUGGACAGUUCAACCCUCAAAACAAGCGGAGGGCCACAAAUGAAUUUUUCUUGUGCGCUAUGCUGCCUGUUACUCUCAGAGCAGUUGUAAACAAGAGAUCAGGACUUGUGCCGCUGUCAGUAGCCUGAUGAUACAUCUUAACACCUAUUUUUAAUGAACUAUUUGAGUGGAGGCUAUUUUGCUUAGAUUUUACUGGUAAAAAUGUCCCCAUUAUAAAGCAGUAUAUCCUAUGUUAAAACAUGAAAGAAAAAUAUGUAAGGGAAUAAUAUUUUGAAUUGCUCAGCAUAGGAAUGCAUCAGGAAAUAUAUAAUUUCAUGAAUUUCAUUUAUAUAAUGUGUUUCCAUAACUUGUAAAAUCUAUUUCAACAACAACAUUAAAUGAAAUUAUAUUUGCUCACAAUUAUUUAAUUUUAGUUAUAUAUGGAAACAUCAGUAACUACAAAUGUGAGUUUUGUAAAAUAAAUCUACAUAUUGAAAAAACAGUGUACAUGUACAUGAGAAGAAAUGUAUGAAUAUUUUUUUAAGGUGAUUUAAAGAGGAAAGUUAGCAAAAGAAUGGCUUGUUAGCAUGCUGGUUUGGAGCAGGCCUGUGAGUUCAAACCAUUUUAACAGAAUAAACAGAAGGAAAAAGAAUAGAGGUCAAACAUGAAAAAUGACAGAGUGACCAGAACAAAUGCAGGGUUUGAAGAGCCGCACAGCAAAUAUAUAUUGAUUAAUAAGAAUAGUUAUUCUGCUAAUUUUUUAAAAGCUUGGUGCAGUCACUGAGAACGCCUGGUUGCUAUGGGCCUUGGAACAAGACUGUUAUCUCUCAUUACUGAGACUCCAGCUGAUUGAAUGUACUUGCAUGCCCUGUCUCUCUCACGUUGCUCUUCGUCUCAAUUUUCCUCUCUACCUGUGACAAUGGCUUUUACUGUUAAGCGCAUGUAAGGACACUGGACGUUUGUGCUUUCUCAGAGAAUGCUCGGCAUUCAUUGCUGGGUAGAACAUGAGGAGAUCAGGAAAAGACAGGGAAUGUUCUUUAGAUUUUAACAGCUCGACUGACUAACGUGGGAAUUGAAAGCUGAAACAUAAUCGGAAACCUGAACAGUGAACAGACAAUGAAAAAAAAAUCACGUGUUCUUUAAAAGAUACACGAUCACUGUAGACCAGUGAUGCCGCAAAAAAAGUCUUGUUGCGUUCGAGCAAAAGGGUGAAGCCCCCUUCAAAACCUUGAUAGCGUCUGUCCCUCGAGCUCUUGAUAAACUGUACAGAACGGAUGAAUGUGAGUAUCCUCUCGCGGCUGAAGCGCUUUAUCUCCUGCGGGCAGACUGAGAGCUCUCUGUUGUUCUCUGUGAUAAUAGAAGAGGUGCCAGGGCUGCACUCUAAUCAGAACACGAUUGUGCACAAGUGGAACUCAGCACAGCCUGUUAAGCUUGCUGCUGGGGUGGGGGUCGGGGGGGGGGGUGGUAUAAAAAAAUUAGUAAUCACAACGUUUCUACUAACAGAGACAAAUAAAACACAAGUAAGACACAUCAUAGCCUGAAAUUAUUAAGUUAAAACCAAAUUUAUUCAUUAAUGUUUUUUUUUUCUUCUUCUGGUCUUCGCAUUGCAAAUGCAAAUACGUAAAUGUUUUGGUUGUUGAUAUGGGUUAAAUUUGCUGUUUGGUGUUCAGAUUACAGUAUCCUGUUGCUCUCAUCACUUUUAUCAUCACAGAACACUGGCUAGGAGGUCUGCCCAUUGAUUGUUUACAGAUAAAGCAAUGUGUAUAUUUUCAUGAUGUAUUGUGAUAAUUAUAAAAUUAUAAUUAAAUACUACCAGAUUAUGUUUUGUAUUAUUCCUGGUGAAUUACAAUUUGAUGAUGUGAGAUGGCUUUGUCAAAGCAGUUUUAGCUUUUUUUUUUUUUACCACUGUGUAUCUUGUGUUCUGCAAUCAAAGGUAUAAAAAGCUGUCUGUUUAAAGAACUGACUGUUAUAUAUGUCGUUUGCCCAUUGAAAAGUCUACAAAAUAAAGUUAUAUAAUUCAA